AUGUCGCAGCCACGGCGCAUGACGCUUGCGUCGCUGGACACGAACCAGCCUGCGGCGGCGCCCAAGGCGAUGAAGCCGCCGCCGGUUUCGAAUAGACCACGUAUGUCGGUGGUGCGGCGGCAGAGCGCGCUUCCCCCCACCACGUCCCCCCGCCGCUCGAUCGCACGGCCCUCGAUGUCUGGGCGCCGCUCGUUUGCCGGGCGCUUGUCGAUGGUGCCCGGGAUGAGCGUCCCUGCGGUGCCCGCCAAGGACAUGCGCCUGCGCAGCAAGGCGGCGCGCCCGAUGAUGGAGGCGGACCUGUCGGCCUUUUUGGACCGCACCGGCUUUGUGACGCCCCACGCGAACCACAACUCGCGACUCGUGCAUGAGCCGACGCAGCAGGCGUUUAUGGACAUGUUCAAGCAUGUGUACCGUGUGUGCAUUGACGGGGAGUACAAGUUUGACGAGGGCAAAAAGUUUGACGACGAGACGCAGCAGCUGCUGCGUGAUCUGCAGUACCCCUUCCUCGAGGACCUGACCAAGACCAAGCUCAUGGCCGCCGGCUCGCACCAGAACUGGCCGGUGUGCCUCGCGAUGCUCGACUGGAUCGUGCGCAUGGGCACGAUGCUAAACUCGGUCGGCUACGGGCCCCUGGAGCGCACCGACGACAAUGAGCUGCACGCCAUCUUUUUCCCCUACCUCUGGCGGUGCUACGACCUGUUUUGGACGCAGGAGGUCGACGAAUUUCCGCAGCAGACGGCCGAGCUCAAGGAGAGCUUCCGCGCAAAGAACCAAGAGCUCGCCACGAGCACCGCCGACCUCGAGGCGCAGCACGCCGCGCUCCAAGGCGAGUACAACCGCCUGAUGCACGCCUGGCCGCGCGUGCGCGAGGAGAAAGAGGGCAAGGUCCUCCUGAAAGAUAUCCACGCCUUUAAUGACUACCGCGAGACCAAGCUCCUUCCCCGCAUGGAAAAGACGCGGCGGCAUAUCGCGCGGCUCGAGGCCGAGGUCGCCGAGACCGUCGACGAGCUCCAGCACAAGCGGCGCGAGCUGGCGCGCGCAGCGAGCGAGGUCGAGGCACAGGGCGUGUCGGACGACGCGUACGAGCGCCUCGCCGCCGAGCGCGAGCAGCUCACGAGCCUCCUCCAGGACAUCCAGGCGCAGCGAAAAGGCGCACACGAGCGGUGCGACAAGACCGAGGUCGAGCUUACGCGGAAGCAGGACCUGGUCGAGUCGCGCCUCGCCGCAUUCCACAAGGGCGCCGAGCGCAUCGCACUCGCGAUGCCCGAUGGCGUGCAGCGUGCGCAGAUCGCCCUGCACCCCGCGCAUCCGACGACGAUGCUGCCGCCGGGGGUGAGCAUGUCCCCGGUCCUCGCCAAGAUCAAGGACGCGCAUACCCGCCACACCACGCGCGCGACCGACCUCGAGUCGGAGCGCGCCGCACGCGCGGCCGCCGGCGAGGCGCUGCGCGCCGACGUCGUGCGCCUUCACCGCGAGCACCGCGCGCGGGAGAAGCGCCUCGCGGCGCUCUCCGACGAGCUCGCCACGCUGACGCGCGACGCGGCGGACGAGGAGAGUGCCGCGGCGAAGCUCAUUGCCCAAAAGCGCACGUUUGUCCAGGGCCAGCACCAGGCGAGCGCCGCGCGGCUGCAGCACGCAAAGGGCCGCCUCGCCGAGGUCGAGGCGGAGCUUGCGCAGCUCGACGAGGGUCUCCAGGCGGAACGCCAGGCGAUCGACUGCGACAUGUACGACGCACUCCAUACCCUCCUCGACCUCAAGGAGCUCGUCAAGAACGGGCUGCAAGAGAUCGAGUACGCCGUCACGGCGCAGUCCAAGCCAUAG